AACAAGCUUUGCCAUCUCCUACCUCCUCUACUUGUUCUUGCCUGACCUCUUCCAUCCUCCCCAACAACAAACAAGAAUCUACACCUCCCUUCCUUCGUCUGCCUGACAGUCACCUUCCCCUCCCAUCAGAACCCGUUUGAAACCAUCUCACAUACCAAGAUGCAAGUUUAUCAGGACGAAGUCAGUUUGGUUGAUGCAAUCGCCGCUCUCUUCCCAGAGGACUCCUUUGUCUUUCCUGAAAGACAAUCGCCCUCCCCCUCUCUCUUUGCUUUCCAAGAGGAAGAGAUGCAAGCUCUUCCUUCGGCUCAGGAAGAAUCUCCCAGGAUCAUGAUGAUCUAUGCCAAGACGUUCCCCAAGGAGGCAGGCAUGGAGCAGCACGAGAGAGAGUCCAACACCAACUCCGACGACAGCUACUGCACGUCAGAGUCGGACUCAGCGCUGGAGGCUGAGGAGGAGCAAGCCAACAGGGGGGAGCCCCGGGCUGCUCCCUCUACCGGCCACAUGCCCAAGUCUGUGCAGCGGAGCAUGUGGUCGCCAAGAGAGCAUCAAAAGUUUCUCGAUGCUCUCAAGAAGUUCAACAUCAGCUGCAACAGAGAGACUAAGGAGGACGGCAGGAUGUACGCUGGCCUUGGGCCACACGUGGCCGACCUGAUUGCCAUGGACAUUGGAACGAGGACAGUCUCGCAGGUCCGAUCUCAUGCUCAGAAGUACUUCCAGCGUCUCUCUCGUCAGAGGAGCAGGACGUCCCCUGUGCAGGAGUAACCUUCCUUGCUCUAUCUCCCUCCUCCUGUGUUAUGGCGGGCAGUUUUCCAUCUUAUGUGGCAGAUUUCGUGUAAAAUAUUGUCCUGGUUGCUUUUCCUAGAUCAAUAAACCAAAUUAAUCCAAAAU